AGGGAGGAUAUGCUGUGCAGAGAUACUGGGAAUCUGCCAGCAUUCUUUCUGGAGUAAGAAAAACAACAUGAGUAAGAAUAAAGGAGAAAGUGAGGAAUCAUUAAGAAUAAUCAUGUCUUGUUUUUUGGAUGCCUCACCAUGUGCCAUUAGACUAUUAUGAGCUUAUAAUUGAGCAGAUCCAUCUAUCCCUCUGGAGGCAAAGAGGGAAGGUCCUUGUUAAUGUCACUUUUGACUCUCAUUCCUGUACAGAUCACAGCUAUGCAGUGAAUGACCAUGGGAAAUGACUCCUCUGUGACUGAAUUUAUCCUUGUGGGAUUGACAGACCAACCUGAACUCCAACUGCCCCUGUUUUUCCUGUUUUUGGUGAACUACGUGGUUACCGUGAUGGGCAGUUUGUGCUUAAUGAAUUUAAUUUGUCUGAAUUCACACCUUCACACCCCUAUGUACUUUUUCCUCUUCAAUCUGUCCUUUAUUGAUCUCUGUUAUUCAUCUGUUUUUACCCCCAGAAUGCUAUUGAGCUUUAUUUUAGAGAGGAACAUCAUCUCUUUUACAGGAUGCAUGACUCAGUUAUUUUUCUUCUGCUUUUUUGUCAGCUCUGAGUGCUAUGUAUUGACAGCCAUGGCCUACGAUCGCUAUGUGGCCAUCUGUAAGCCGUUGCUGUACCCAAUUGCUAUGUCCCCUCAGGUGUGUUCUUUGCUGAUGUCUGGUUCAUAUGUGCUGGGUCUUGCUGGUGCCGUGGUCCACACAGGGUGUAUGAUGGGGCUUAUGUUUUGUGGUUCCAACAUCAUCAACCAUUAUAUGUGUGACAUCUUCCCCCUCCUUCAGCUGUCCUGCAGUAGCACCUAUGUCAAUGAACUUGUGGUUUCUGUUAUUGUGGGCACAGUUAUCAUAGUGUCUAGCCUUAUUAUCUUUAUUUCUUAUGCCUUGAUUCUUUUCAAUAUCCUUCACAUCCAGUCAGCUCAAGGUUGGUCCAAAGCCUUUAGCACGUGUAGCUCUCACAUAAUAACAGUUGGUCUGUUUUAUGGAUUUGGGCUGCUCGCUUAUGUCAAGCCAUCUUCUGCUGGUUCUGUGGGGAAGGGAAAAUUUUUCUCAGUGUUUUACACCAAUGUGGUGCCCAUGCUGAACCCUCUUAUUUAUAGCCUAAGGAACAAGGAUGUCAGAAUUGCUCUGCAGAAAACCCUGAAGAGAAUUACAACCUGAGCUGCACCACUCAUUCUUUCUUCUUUUUUUGUGUGUUGUUUUCUUCUCAUCCUACUUUAUCCUGUUCUUCCUAUCCUUUUUUUUAAAUUCUCUUUUUAAAGUCUUCUUGGCAGGAUUUCUGCUCUGAAGUCUUUUUUUCUCUUUCCACAUGAUGUAACUCCGUGGGCCAAUUUUUAGACUGAAGGGUCAUUUUCAGCCCUAAAUAACCCAUACUGAUUGGAGACAGCUGGCCAUGUAAGGUUAACACUACCUACUACAUUUCUUGUGUGUCUUUCCUAUCCAAGGUAAGCCAUGGAGUGGUAUGCUGUCUGCCCAGUUAUUACCUUUCUUGGUUUCAUUACACAGAGCCCUCUCCUGUUUCCAUUUUAUAAAACACAGAAAGAAUGUCAAAAAUUAUGGACAUGUAAAAAUUUGUAGAAUUUUUCAGGGUUCUUUUUUUAAUGGUUCUUAUUCUAGAUUUUCAGUAUGCAUGUGUAUAGUAAUUGAAUACUUUAUUGAACCAAGUUUCUUUUAUUAUUGAGGAUGGUUGAGAAUUUAACAGCUACAAUUUGUGUCCACCUUUCUCAAUCCCCACCAGUGACUAAUGUCUCUGUUUAUUGUAUUGAUAACUUAUAUUUUGUCCUAAAUAGCAUUGAAAUUGUUACCAACCUGUCUAUGUA